AUGUUAAAUUUGGAGACUCUUGAUUUUUCCAGAAGCAUGCUGUCUGGUCCCAUCCCAAUUUCCCUGGAAAAUCAGCAUUUCAGAGAAUUCAAUGUUUCCUUUGAAAUUCCUCCCGGGGGCCCUUUCAAGAACUUCACAGCAGAAUCUUUUAUGUCCAACAAAGGGUUGUGUGGUGAUGGGAGAUAUGGAAGGAAAGAAAAGGCCCCAAGCAGUUCAGAUCUCGGGCCUAAUGUAGCUCCAUUAAGAGUUUCUUAUCAAGAACUUCACGAAGCAACCGAUGGAUAUAGCAAUACUAGAUUACUUGGUUCUGGGAGUUUUCGCUCCGUUUAUAAAGGAACUCUUAGAAAUGGAAACGUUGUGGCUGUAAAGGUACUCCAUCCGCAAUAUACAGAAGGGGCGUUCAAGAGUUUUGAGGUAGAAUGGGUGGUAUUGAGAAACAUUCGUCGUACAAGUCUUUUUAAAGUCAUUGGUUCUUACUCGAAUGAAGACUUUAAGGCCCUGAUCCUCGAGUACAUGCCUAACGGAAGCCUUUAG